AUGCCUAUGCUGCUACAUCCAGAUUUCCUGGCUGCCACCGCGCUGCUGGGCACGGGAACCAUCGCGCUGCUGCCGGCCCCGCUCUCCGUGCCCGCCUACGCCGCCUGUCCCUACGGGCGGAUGCUGACCACGACCGCCUACGCCGUCUCGUUCCUCAUGGUCCUGGUUUACGCCUACGAGUCGCACCGCACCGUCCUCGGGGGGCGAGCCCAGCCCCCGGCAGCGCUGCAGGAGCGGAGCCGCUGCCUGGAGAGCGCCUGGCAGGGAAUUCCCUACGUGCUGGCCUGGCUGCUGCCGGCGCUGACGCUCCUGGCUCAGCUGCUCGCCCGCGGCUCCUCCGCCGCCGACAUCGUGCCCGUGGUGCCCUGGCACGGCCGCGGCUCCAACGACACCUUCGGCCUUUACUGCUCCAGCUGCCUCCUCCUGAUCCGCCCGAACCGCGACAUCUGCUCCCAGUCCGGCGGGGGAACGAACGUGGGGGAGAAAAUCAUCUUCCUGCUGUACGUGCUGCUGGUGCUCGGCGGCUGCUCGCUCCUGUACCGGCGGGUGCGGCGCCGCUGCCGGGGGAACGCGGCGCUGCCGCUGCUCGGGCUGGACACGGACACGGACCGAGGCUUCGGGGGCGGGAGCGGCCGCAGCGUCAGCAGAGCCUCGCUGCACUUCCAGCUGGUUUUCCUGCUCUGCUGGACGCCAGGCAAGGCCGGGGGCUGUUCCCAGCUCCCCCAGCCCUGCAGAGUCACACUGGGGGAGUCCCAAAGUCCCCCAGCCCUGUAGGGUCACAUAGGGGGUGUCCCAAAGUCCCCCAGCCCUGCAGAGUCACAUAGGGGGUGUCCCCAAAGCUCUGAGCACUGCAGAGUCACAUUGAGGG